ACGCGAUGGCGGGGCCCGCGUGGAUGUCCAAGGUCUCUCGGCUGCUGGGGGCAUUCCACAACCCAAAACAGGUGACCAGAGGUUUUGCUGGUGGUGUUCAAACAGUAACAUUAAUUCCAGGAGAUGGUAUUGGCCCAGAAAUUUCAGCCGCAGUUAUGAAGAUUUUUGAUGCUGCCAAAGCGCCCAUUCAGUGGGAGGAACGGAAUGUCACUGCCAUUCAAGGACCAGGAGGAAAGUGGAUGAUCCCUCCAGAAGCCAAAGAGUCUAUGGACAAGAACAAGAUGGGCCUGAAAGGCCCCCUAAAGACCCCAAUAGCAGCUGGUCACCCAUCCAUGAAUUUAUUGCUGCGUAAAACCUUUGACCUUUAUGCAAAUGUCCGACCAUGUGUCUCAAUUGAAGGCUAUAAAACCCCUUACAAUGAUGUAAAUAUCGUCACCAUUCGAGAGAACACAGAAGGAGAGUACAGUGGAAUCGAGCAUGUGAUCGUGGAUGGAGUUGUGCAGAGCAUCAAGCUCAUCACCGAGGAAGCAAGCAGGCGCAUUGCAGAGUUCGCCUUUGAGUACGCCCGGAACAAUCACCGGAGCAAUGUCACUGCCGUGCACAAAGCCAACAUCAUGCGAAUGUCAGAUGGGCUUUUUCUGCAAAAAUGCAGGGAAGUUGCAGAAAACUGUAAAGACAUUAAAUUUAAUGAGAUGUACCUUGACACAGUAUGUUUGAAUAUGGUCCAGGAUCCAUCCCAAUUUGAUGUUCUUGUUAUGCCUAAUUUGUAUGGAGACAUUCUGAGUGACCUGUGUGCAGGAUUGAUUGGAGGUCUUGGUGUGACACCAAGCGGCAACAUUGGUGCCAAUGGGGUCGCGAUCUUCGAGUCGGUUCACGGGACGGCCCCAGACAUUGCUGGCAAGGACAUGGCCAACCCCACAGCCCUGCUGCUCAGCGCGGUGAUGAUGCUGCGCCACAUGGGGCUGUUUGACCAUGCUGCGCGGAUCGAGACUGCCUGCUUUGCAACAAUUAAGGGUGGGAAGAGCUUAACAAAAGAUUUGGGAGGCAACGCAAAAUGUUCAGACUUCACAGAAGAAAUCUGUCACCGAGUGAAAGAUUUAGAGUAAGGCUUCUAGAGAAGGUAUUCGCAUCAGUCACUCCUAAUGAUGCCACGUACAGCUGUAUGAGAACACAUCCUACUGUGUGCACUUGGUUUCCUUGUUUCCUGAUAGUCCAUUUCUAGAUCCGGCCUUUUAACAAAUCUGUGCAGAGGAUGCAGGUGAUGUCCCUAGGUCUGCUUUCAAAGAACUUUUCCAAGUGCUUGUUUUGUUUACUGUCUAUUUGGUAUACAUUUUUUGUAAACUCUAAGCGGACUGUAUCAUUUGCCAAUGUUAACCAUUUUACACUUCAGUUAAAACAGUUUCCCUCAACUGUAAAUAUGGUACAGAAUUAAUAAGAAGAAACAUCUAACUUUUUAAAGAAAAAGUUUUCCUUAGCUUAUGAAAAAUGUAAUAGAAAUUAAGCAGAAUACUGACAUAAUAGCACAAGAUGACAUUCUUAUCAAAUGAACGGGAAAUUUCCUAGGAAAGAUCACGUCAAAAACAGUGACUAUGGUAUAUUUCUUUAUGAUAUGGAAAAUUAAGACAGAUUUGUCCUUUAUAUGAAUUACUGAAUAUGAAUAAAGACUUUAGAACCAAGAAAUAUAUGAGAUGUAACUUUUGUUAAAUAGAUAUAGGUAAUAUAUUGGCUAUAAAGACACAAAUGUAUUGUUGGUUCAACUAUUUUGUUACCUUGAGAUUAUUGUUUGUGAGCUUUCCAUGAAGUGAAGGGCCACACUUCCUUUUCACUGGACAUAUGUUAAGCCUUUGAGCCCCUGAAAUGACUGAGUCGGACGUGGCAGCUGACCACUGUGUGCCGUCACACUCCUGCAGCACGCAUAUCACACUCCAGCCGAUCCUGCUAAAAGGCCUGACCAUGCUAUUAAUUUUACAUAUCUGUGGUCACCCCUCUCCCUUCCCCAAAGCACCACCAGUAAGAGAUGAGGUUGCAGAGACAGCAGACUCAGCCUGGGCUGUUCACACAAAUGUGCAGCUGGGUUUGGGCUCAGCCUUUGACCUUCAGGCCCCUCCAGCCCCCUGCUGCCCAGCAUGAUUUUUCUUAAUUUUCAGAUACUGAGUCACUAUCUCCAUGAACAGUUACCCUUUGGCUCCAAACCAAAGGCAACUUAUGUUGCCCCUCAUGCAACGACACAAACCCGUGCUUUGCAUAACGUACCCAGGUCACAGGGAUUUCUUAACAACAGACAUCCCUAUCUGGGUGCAUUUUUAGGCUUGUCACCAGACUUACAAUCUUACCUGUACUUUACUCUGUUUAAGCUGCUGCUUCCUGUUUUAUUGGAUUGUGCGAAUUAUUCUUGGGUUCAAACUAAUAAAGAAUUCCAAAACUGA